GGUGGCGGCAUGUUCACGGCGGGGGCGGAGAGUCUGCUCCACCAGGCCAGGGAGAUCCAGGAUCAGGAGCUGCAGAAGUUUUGUUCCCGGGUUGUUAAGCUGCUGCAGAAGGACGACCCGGGGCCCGAUGCGGUGGACGCCCUGCAGAGGCUCUUCCUCAUCGUCUCAGCCACGAAAUACAAGAGGAAGCUGGAGAAGACGUGCGUGGACCUGCUGCAGACCACCCUCUGCUCGCCCAAGUGCCCCGAGCAGCUCCAGUUCCUCUGUGCAGCCAUCCUGAGAGAGAGGUCACCUGCCGACAACCUGAGCCUGUCCUGGGACCACAUCCAGAGCAGCCAGCAGCUGAGCCUGGUGGCCUCUGUGCUCUUGGCCCAGGGUGACAAAAAGGAGGAGGUCCGAAGCGUGGGCCAGCACGCCUUCAGAGUCCUCGAGAGCCGGCAGCCCGAGGGGCCCAGUCUGAGACACCUGCUCCCGGUCGUGUCCAAGGUCACGCACCUGGCCCCGCACACCCUCCAUGAAGACCAGACCAACCUGCUCAGCAAGAGGCUGGUAGACUGGCUUCGCUACGCCAGCGUCCAGCAGGGGGUCGCACACACUUCCGGAGGCUUCUUCUCCACACCCAGAGCCCGGCAGCCGGGCCCUGUCACCGAGGUGGAUGGGGCGGUGGCCACAGAUUUCUUCACGGUGCUGUCCACGGGCCAGCACUUCACGGAGGACCAGUGGCUGAACGUGCAGGCCUUCUCCAUGCUGCGGGCGUGGCUGGUGCAUAGCGGCCCCCAGGGCCCCAGCGCCCCGGACACAGACGACAAGUCGGAGCUGGAGGGCUCCACCCUGUCUGUGCUAUCGGCCACCUCUACCGCCAGCCACCUGCUGCCCCCCCAGGAGCGGCUGAGGGAGAAGGCUUUCGAGUACUGUCAGCGCCUUGUGGAGCAGAGCACGCGACGAGCCCUGAGAAAGGGGGACGCGGACCUGCAGAAAGCCUGCCUGGUGGAGGCCGUGCUGGUGCUGGACACGCUGUGCCGGCAGGACCCGACCUUCCUGUACCGCACGCUGUCCUGCCUGAAGGCCCUGCACGCGCGGCUGUGCGGGGAUCCGGCCCGGGCGCGGGCGCUGCUGCCCAUCGCGCAGUUCUUCCUGAGCCACGGGGAGGCGGCCGCCGUGGACUCGGAAGCCAUCCUCCAGCACCUGUUCACCAGGGUCCCCUGCGAGCUCUUCCACAGCCCCAUGCUGGCCUUCGAGUUCGUCCGCUUCUGCGGGGACAGCCUUCCCCUGUUCGGCAGGAACCUUGACAUUCUUAAGCGGAGCUUCCCCAAUCUUUUCAAGCUCCUGGCCUGGAACAGCCCGCCCCUCACCUCGGAGUUCGUGGCGCUCCUCCCGAGCCUGGUGGACGCCGGCUCGGCCGUGGAGAUGCUCCACGCACUGCUGGACCUGCCCUGUCUGACUGCGGCCUUGGAUCUGCAGCUCAGGCUGUCACCGGCUGCGUCCGAGAGGCCGCUGUGGGAUACCUCCCUCAGGAACCCUAGCUGCCUGGAGGCCUCCCGAGACCCAGAGUUCCAGGCUCUUCUCCAGCACCUGUUGCGGGCCGAGGCCAGCGGAACCGUGCAGAGGUUGGCGCCACUCCACAAGCUGCUCCAGCCCAUGACCGGCUGCGCCCGCGUGGUACAGUGCGCCGAGGCCGUGCCCACUCUGCUCCAGGCGUUCUUCUCCGCGGUGACCCAGUUUGCUGACGGGGCCCUGACCAACCAGCUGGUGCUGGUGCUUCUGGAAAGAAGGGACUCCCUUUACCAGGUGCCCCAGUAUGAGGACCGUGUGCACAGGGUGCUGAGCUCACAACUCUUGGCCCUGUGCGCGCUGCACCCGUCGCUGGUGGUCGACCUGGCGAAAGAGCUGCUGGAGUUCGUGGGGAGCGUGAGCAGCGUCCAGAGCAGGGGGGCCAUGCUCGCCGCCGUGGCCUGGGCCGUCGGCGAGUACCUGUCCGUGUCCUGGGACCGGCGGUGCACCGUGGAGCAGAUCACCAGGUUCUUCGAGGCCCUGGAGGCCCUGCUGUUCGAGGUCACCCAGUCCCGCCCGUCUGCCGCCCUUCCCAAGUGCCCCCCACAGGUCAUCGCCGUGCUCAUGACCACGCUGACCAAGCUGGCCUCCCGGAGCCAAGACCUGAUUCCCAGGGUCUCUCUGUUCCUGUCAAAGAUGAGGACCCUGGCACAGAGCCCAGCGCUGAGCUCCGUGCACGGUGAGGAGGAUGCGGGAGCCAUCUGCACGCGGGCCACCGAGCUGCUGACCCUGCUAAAGAUGCCCAGCGUGGCCCAGUUUGUGCUCACGCCGAGCGCGGAGGUGUCCGAGCCCCGCUAUCACCGUGACGCCAACACGGCCCUGCCGCUGGCCCUACGCACAGUCAGCCGCCUGGUGGAAAAGGAGGCGGGCCUCCUGCCUGGGUGA